AUGGCGUUUUUUUCGAAAAAUGUAGGAAAUUUUAUAAAAAUAAGAAAAUCAAAAUUCGGAAAAUUUAAAAACUUUGGAUCAUACAACAAACAAAAUUAUAUAUAUAAUCAAUAUGAUAAUUUACUAAAUAUAGGAAAUAAAAAACCUGAUGAAAUAAUCAAUUUGUUAGAUGAAUUGUGUAAAGAGAAAAGGUGUGACACUGAAUUAAUAAAAUGCAUUACUGAUCACAUAUACGAUUUUAGUGAUGAUUUUUUUUGUCCACAAUUAAUAAAAAUAUUGGAAAAUUAUGUAAAAUUAAAAUAUUCUGAUGAAACAUUAUUAGGAAUUGUAUGUAAUAGAAUAGAAGAUUUAGUUAGUUUAAAAUCAUGUAUAAGAACAAAAAAUAUGAUAAAUAUUUAUAAACAACUAAAUUUGCAUCAUCCAGUAGUUAAAAUACCAUUACUAUCUCAAUUAAAUGAUAAUAUAAAUGAAUAUAAAAAUGAGCUUGUUUCAAUUGUUAAAAACAUAUCUUACUUAUAUGUUGACAAUUAUACUACCAAUAAUAUUCUGAACAGAUUAAUUGUGAAUUCAGAAUAUUAUCAGAAAGACCUUUUUACAAUUUUUGAAGGAAUAAGCAGAUUAAAUGAAUGUGAAAAUAUUAAUACUUUUAUUGAAAUAGUUAACAAAAAAAUAAAACAUUUAGAAAGUAAUAAUAUAUGUUGUAAUUUAAAAGAUUUUAUAAAAUUUUUUAGUGCAUAUAAAAGGUUAAAUAUAAAUCAGUCUACAUAUUUACAUUCGCAAUUUGAAAAAAAAAUAGAUAACAUAAAAUUAAUAUCACAAAAUAAUAUUUCAUACAUUUUACUCGCAAUGCUAUCAUCUAAAUUUCGCCAUCAAAAAUUGUCUGAAUUGAUCAUAAUAAAUAUCGAAAAUUAUGUAGGAAAUCUUGACAACAAAAUAAUGAAUGCUGCAUAUGAGAAAAUAUAUAUCAAUUUUUUUAGUUCAGAAAAUACGAUUAGAAAACAUUGUAAUAAUUAUAUAUUGAAUUAUUUACCUUUUCAUAUACUUCUUUUAACAUUAUUAAACUAUGAUAAUAAUAGCAAUGUUUUGGCCUAUUUAAUAGGUAUAUGUAUAAAUGAAUAUAUAGAUUUAUAUGAUAUAUCAAAUUUAGUAAAAAUUUUAUAUUCAUACACUAUUUUAGAUAUAAAUAAAAAAAAAUCAAAUAAAAUGAAAACCAAAGAAUAUGAAAAUAAUAUUAUAAAAAUAUUUUCAGCACUUGAAAAUGUCUACAAAAGUGCCAGUACGAAUGACAUAAAAAUUUUAUAUAAUUGUUUUUUAUAUAAUAAAGAUAUAAUUGAAAAAAAAGAAAAAUUAAAAGAAAUAUUUUCAGAUUUAUUAAAUUAUGAACCUUUAACAUUAUUACCAUCUUCUUAUUCAGAUUUAAAUUUUCAAGAUCUUGAAAUUGUCAAAUAUGCUAGCACAUCUUAUUUAAAAAAUAAUAAAAAUAAUAAAAUUUUUUUAUAUCUUAACAAAAAUGAUUUUUAUUCCACUAAUGAUUAUAUUUAUGACAAUUUAAUUGUUAGUGUUAAAUUCAAAAUAAGCCUCCUCAAAAAAAAAUUUGGGCAAAAUCAAGUUAAUAUAAUUUACGAAAAUCAAUCCCUAAAAUGUUAA